AUGGAACAGAAAGCCCUGCUGAGAACCACUGGAGGUCUCGCCUUCCAAGGAAUCCAAGGUAGCAGGAGAGGCCCUGUGGGGAAGGAAGCAAAGCUGGGGUGGGGAUGGGGGUGAAAGAGGCAGCUCCCCUCCCCUGCUCAGAGUUGCUUGGAGACCCUUUACCACCAGCUAUAAUUCCCAGAGUUCCGUAGCAACAAGAACAGAUUGUUAAACUGCACUUGGGGAUGUCUUCUAGCCUCUCAGCACCUUUUACAAGCUACGGUUCCCAGGAUUCUGUGGAGGAAGCCAGGACUCUAAAGUGGGAUGAUUGUGCUUUGUAGAUACAGUGCGGACGGGGCCUGGGGAUGUCUCUUGUCUUUCUCCUUGGAAUGGCUUUUUAUUGGGUUUUAUAAACAAGUAUCAUAGGAGUAAUAAAGGAUACAAAUAAAUAGACCAAGUCUUCUCUUGUCAUCUGUACAAAAAUAGCACAAUAAGUUUGCGAUAAUCCCUUCAACAUAUGGUUCAUUAUUAGUGGUCAGUGUGUGAGUUCUUGGUUCAUGAAUUGGUGUAAGCAAAAGCAGAAAAAGGGAAACAGUGUAGAGCAGAGUUAACAGGUAACAGUCCACAUUGCCUGGGGAAGAGUCAUUUUCCCUCUUAUGUUGUCAAUGAAAUGCUAUAAAGUGUUGGACUCUUGAUGAGGGUGGUGUUUAGAUUUUACUUUAGAUCAACCAGAUGGAGUCUGAUCCUGAUGUGGGCGGGGUGUGUUUCUGGAGACUUUUCUUCCGACAUAACGAAAAAAGGAGGGGACCUCACCCCAGUAGUCUGUCUCGGUAGGAACUUUGGAGAUUCCAAGUGCUAGAAAACGAGUCAGAAGCAGGAAAGAAAUGGGAGUGGGAAGGAGAGCAGCCCUUGAGGACCACAAUUUAGCACACACACCCUCUAGCCUGGUGGACAAAUUGCACUGGGUCAGUCACAGCUCUGACUUCAUUCGUUGACUGGAAACACAGAAAGGCGGGAGGAACUAGGCUCUUUCAUCUCACAGAAAACCCUUCAGCUGCCUGCAUUGUAAGUUUUCUUUUCGGAGGUUUAGAGUCUUACCAUACUUCUCAUUCUUCCCUUUUUUUUGUUUUUUGUUUUUUGUUAAAACCAGGGUAAGGGCUGUGGUGCAGUCCAGCCCUGGAUCCUAGCAAGAUUCGAUAUUAAAACAAAGUACAGUGGUACCUUGGGUUAAGUACUUAAUUUGUUCCGGAGGUCUGUUCUUAACCUGAAACUGUUCUUAACCUGAAGCACCACUUUAGCUAAUGGGGCCUCCUGCUGCUUCCGCGCCACCGGAGCACGAUUUCUGUUCUCAUCCUGAAGCAAAGUUCUUAACCUGAAGCACUAUUUCUGGGUUAGCAGAGUUUGUAACCUGAAGCGUAUGUAACCUGAGUUACCACUGUACCGUAUUUUUCCAUCUAUAAGAUGCCCCCAAGUAUAAGACGCCCCCUAUUUUUGGGGACUCAUAUUUAAUAAAAUGGAGGGAAUAUGUAUCUGUGUAUAAGAUGCCCCCAAAUUUUUGACAUUAUUUUUUAGGGGGAAAACCUAGUCUUAUACACGGAAAAAUACAGUAUUUCCUUUUGUAGGAUUUGCUAGCAACUCUAAUAAGGACAGACAGAACUUGGCAGAAGACCAAGGGGUUCCUUCCAAACUCUUGGAGAAGUGGCACCUUGAGAUGUUGGAAUAUGUGGAAUUCGCAGGAAUGACCAGUAGAAUAAGAAAUCAAGAUGAAAUAAAGGUUUAAGGAGGACACGAUAAUAUGUAUAUAUAGAUUACAUGAAAAACUAUAAUAAACAAUUAUAACAAUUAACUAGCAGGUUGCUAGUAACUUCAGCAGUGUAAGUAAGAACAGGAGAUAAAGAGUAAAAGAGAAAGGAUUGGAAAACUAAGAUGUGGGAGGGAGUGGAUUAUAAAAUGAGCCAUGGAAGGAGAGGAAGGGAAGUCCAAUAAUGUUUGUAUCUUUGAAAGUAAUAGAAGAAGUUACAGUUUUGAAAUGCAAAUAAAUAAAAUAUGGGGGGGAGAGUGUUGGUUAUUUUGCAGAUUAGUUGGGCUGCAGAAGGCGUGAUGGGGAGACCACACAUUCAAGAAACGCAAAAGUAUCUUUCGCUUGGUUUAAGAACAAAAACAAAAACUCCUUUUACACUAAAUUACAUUAUAUCAGUAAGUACAACCCAUCCACCAGGGUACUGAGAGAGCCACAUGCUGCUCUUUAUAUACCAUACCCAACAACUUAAUUAACACAACUUAACAACACCUGCUAUUCUGCUUUACAGCUGUAAAACUAGGUCGUGUUAUUUGCUCUGGCCUUUAAAGAAAUACACAUCUUGUGAAACAAUAAUGAACCUUAUAUUUAAAGAAACCAUUCAACAGGGAGAAGCGGGGAUGGGCGGGAGAGCGGGCUUUAGCAUGUUUGUGUUUUGCAGGGUUUUUGGAAAUGAGGCCCCUGUACUUAUGUGCCUGCCCCCUCAUGUUUUUAUAACAUUUCUGACUAGCAACUGUUGGAAAGCUGUUGUUUGGUUGCUCGGAUCCUGCCUGGCCACUGUGAGAACACGAUGCGGAGCUCGAGGAGCCACUCAGAACAGAACAUGAGCCAAGGGCUCUUCUGGGCCUGAUCCCGCAGGUGGUUCUUAUGUUCUUGCAAUUCAUGGAGGCAGCAAUGCUUCUGGAUCCCAGAUGCUGGGAAGCGCAGGUGAAGAGCUCGGAUCCUGCUCCGGGUUUUCGCAUAAGAGGCAUCAGGUGGGGCCCUUCUGCCUCCAGGUCUCUCCCCUAGUUUUAGGGGACGAGGCAGGCACUCCUUUCCCGGAGCAAGUCCGAGCUUCGCUCCAGAAAUUCCUCGGUUGCGCAACCUUGCGCUUCCGGGGAGGCUACAAAGUCUGUUUUCUCCUCCCGCUGAUGCGCUUCCCUUGCUGCGCUCAGUGCGCAACGGCUGCCAUCCCGAAAGCAGCACCGGCCCCGUCUGCGCGCAUCCAGCUGGAAAGACCGUCGGACAGAGAGGUGCUGGGGACUCGACAGGGGGGGGGGCGCUUUGCUGGAAGUUGGCCCCUUUGUUUGAUAUGGGGGGGGGGCAUUUAUUUUUAUUUUUUAAAAGUUGCGCAGGGGUCUCACUCCCGUUAUUUGGGGAGCGCGGCUUAUUUAUCCCCCCCCCUCUCUUCAAGGCACCGGGCGGAGAAGGCGGCUCCCCUCCAUCUCCCUAGCUCUGUGCCUGACCAAGGGGGGGGGGUUGGGGGGGGUUCCGGGGCUGCUGCAAACGGCUUCGAAACCACCUCGCUGCAGGAAGUAAAAACUUCCUUGAGUCAAAGGGGUUUUCCAGGAUCUGGACUCUGCCCUUCCUCCGCUAGCGCGCUCUGGACAGGGGCCAGGUCUUCGCCCGGGGAGCGAAGAGGAAUCGAAGCCGGGCAGCCGAAGAGAGGCGCAUCCGGCCCCCAUUUAAGCCCCAAGGGAGCAGUCUGCGGGAGGGGGGGUCUGCCCAUGGGUGUAGCCGGGGGGGGCAGCUGCCCCCCAUCAAGUAAAUCCAUAAAAAUACUGUACUGUACUUAGCUAACUGAGGUUCUGCACCCCCUAACAUAAAGCCUGCCCUCCAGCAUAAAUCGUGGCUACGUUCAUGGGUCUGCCCCCCAACAUUUGAAGCUGAGCGCCGCUUCCUUCACACCUCCAUCACCUUUGCGCUGCAAAAUUCUCCUUGCUUAUCGCCCCCACCCCAACUACUUAUUCCCCCCUCCUCCUCCUUCAUGAAUUUGCCCAAUCCUCUUUCAAGCCAUCCAGGUUGGUGGCCAUCUCUGCCUCCUGUGGCAGGGAGUUCCACAGUUCCAUUGCACAGGAGGACUCUAUUUGAUUUGCCCUGAAUCUUCCCACACUUGGCUUCCUGGGAUGUCCUCACUGAGUCCCAGUGUUAGGAGAGGGAGGGAGACCCCUCUCUCUCCUCUUUCAGGCUCCCUCCAGGCAGACCCUGCCCUCUUCUCCUCCCUGACCCCCCCCCCAAUUGUCUCUCUUCUCCCCCCCUCCAGGUGCAUCUUGUGCUUCCCAAGGAGGCGUCAUGGCCAGCAGCAGCAGCAUCGUGAAUGUGUCCGGGGCGGAGGGCGCAGAGAAGACGGUGAUCCACGUCAACAUCACCCAGGAGUCCUCCCUCGGGUCCCUCCUCAAGGCCCUAGCAGCCUGGAGGCAGACCCCCAAGCCUCGCCCCAAGCCUCACCCCCAGGGCCCCUCUGCCCCUCCGAAAAAGGCUGGGUGCAAUGCGGAGCAGAAAGUGCUGGGGGUAAGGGCCAGCUGUGGGGUGGGUGGGGGGAAGGAGGGGAGGGGCCCCAGGCUGUGAGGAUGAGCAGGAAAGAGAGAAGGGUCUCUCAAGGGCCACAUAGUCCACACCCCCACCCCCACCCCGUGAUGCAGGAAGGGGGCAGCUGAGCCUGAAGUGAAGGUGGGAAGUCUGCAAGUGGAGAUCAGCAAAAUCCCUCUCUUGCAGGAAGUUGCUGCCCUGAGGCCAGAAGGGAGGCAGCUCUGGGGCUUGGGAAGCAUUUUCAGAGCUGGAGGGAGUGGGACACAUGCACACUGCUGGAGAAGAUGAUAAUAAUAAUAAUAAUAAUAAUAAUAAUAAUAAUAAUAAUAAAUAAUAAAUAAUUUUUAAAAAAUUAUUUAUACGCUGCCCUCCCCGGUCAGAGCCGGGCUCAGGGCGACUAACACCAAUAAAAUAAAAUCACAGUAAAACAUAAUAGGGGGGAAAGAGAGGGAGAAAAAAACCAAACCAAUUUAAAAUAUAGGUUAAAAUGCAAUUUAAAAUGCAGCCUCAUUUUACAAUAGCUGAUAAAUCAAGACCAUAAGGGGAGGGAAACAUAAGGGUCAGAAUGAGUCCAAACCAAAGGCCAGGCGGAACAGCUCUGUCUUGCAGGCCCUGAGGAAAGAUGUCAAGUCCUGCAGGGCCCUAGUCCCUUGAGUGCCUGAGUGCUGGCUGCAUGGAACUCUGUGCAUGCCCAGAGACAGCCCCUCCUGGCGUGGCAGCUCUGAGAGGGACUUGAGUUGCUCUGUGGGGGUUGACUUGUGGGGCGGAGCAUGUGCUGGACCCUGUCCCUCAUUUGUCAGCCAGUCUCGUUUCUCUUGCUUUGCAGGGGACACAGAUCCUGCUUGGACUGCUCACCAUCGCCAUUGGGUGUGUCCUGAGCCUUGGACAAGGGUCUGACUAUUAUAGCUAUUGGAUAUUCCGACCACUCUGGAAUGGAGCUCCUUUCUGGUCGGGGGGCGUGGUGAGUCCUGUGGGACUGAGAGGAGGUGCCGCUCCUCUGGAAGGGUGGGGCGGAGGUCCCCUUGGAGGCAUCUGUUGGCCCUAAAAGAGCCUGCCUGGAGAAAAGGCGAGGGAGAGACAGGACUUUGUCAAAUGAUGCACAGCCCGGAGAAAGGGAACAGAGGAAGCUUUUCUCCCUCCUAAUGCGAGAAGUGGAGGCUGAAUGUUGGAAGAUUCAGGACAGAUCGAAGAAAGUCUUUCUCCACACAGCAAGUGAAGUUAAACUAUGCCACUUACUCAGUAGGCAGCGAUGGGCCCCAUCUUGGACGGCUUUCAGUGGUGAUGGACACAUCCAUUGAGGAGGAGAGGACUAUGGAUGACGAUGAGCUGAGAUGGCUCUGCUCUGCCUCCACCGUUCUGAAGACCAAUCCUCUUUUAUGGCCAUCCCAGUUGGUGGCCGUCGCUGCCUCCAGUGGCAGGGAGUUCCAUCAUUGAACUCUGCUCUGCCUGAAGGAUUUUUUUUUAUCUGUCCUGAAUCUUCCAAGCUUCCUUGGAGGGCCAGGAGUUCUGGUGCCACAAGAGAGGGGACAAGUCCUUUUCUCUGUCCUCUUCCUCCACGCCAUCAUAAAUGUUCAUAAACGUCUACCACGUCACUUUUCUCUAAUCUUAAAAGCCCCCAAUGCUGCUGCCUUUCCUCACUGGGGAGUCACUCCACCUGCCUGGAAGUUUGGGCUGCCUUUACCUGAGCAGCCCAGGCAACAGGUCCAGCCCACUUCUCCCGGGCUCAGGUGAGAGGCCAGGUGUUGUGUUUGCGGCCAUGGGGGUGUGUGGGGGUGUCAUUCUGGGCUGCGGAGCCAUUGCAGGUGAAGGAGCACACCUGGCGUUGGACAGAGAGCAACCUCAAGGCCUCAGAAUGGCGGUCACUGGGGAAGGUGGGCAGGAGAGGAGGGGAUGCCUGAUUCUUCCCAGUUCCUCAUUGGCAAGAAAGGGCAGGAAGCAGAUGGUUUGGGCCGAUGGAAAUAUCGCAGAAUCCUAGAGAUAUCAUCAUCAUCAUUAUUAUUAUUUAUUAUAUAUUGAUUUAUAUCCCCACCUGUCGGGACUCAAGGCGGCUCACAGCUGAAAAUGAGAAUGGCUAAAAACAGAGAAAAAGCAAUGACUAGAAAACAAUCAAACUUUGAUAGAAUAAAACUGUAUACAUAUAUGAAAUCUAUUUAAGCCAAUAAGGACCCUGGGGGUCAUCUCUGUGGACCCCUGACCUUGGUGUUUCUCCCCAGCUCUUCGUGGCCGGUGUCCUCUCCAUUGUGGGCGACAGACGUGGCGGCCGCUGGGUAAGUGAGUGGGGUGGGGGCUGCUCUUCCAUUGCAGGCAGGGGAGGGGGCUGCUGGGCCUGGGGCUGCUGCCCCCUUCCUCACGGCUGGGCCUCACUCUCCCUUCCCAGGUCCACCUGGCCACCUUUUCCCACCUGGCCAGCGUUGUCGCCUGCUCCGUGGCCCUGGCAGUCGGUGAGGCAGACUUGCCCAGCCUCAAGUACGAUUCCUACUACUCUGAGGAAUUGUGCAGGAACACCCAGUACAGGGACCGCUAUGACCAGCCAUGGGAGCCAACCGCCCUCAUCCCUGCGGACAAUGGCAGGGUCCAGCGGUGUGAGGAGAUGAUCCAGAAUCUCUGGGUGAGUUGUCUGGCUCAUGGUGAGGGGUAGACAGUGUGGCUUAGUGGUCAGAGUGCCACACUGGGACCUGCGAGAGAGCAGGGUUCAAGUCUUCCCUCUCGCUGCCGUGACCUGGGGCCAGUCGCUGCCUUCCCUCUGCCUCUCCUCCCUUCCUCGCAGGGCUGUUGGGGGGACUGAAUGGGGAGGGGGAGAAGAAGAGGAGGUGGGAUAAAAAGGCAGUGAGUCUGUGCAUCCAAGUAGCCGUGAGGAGCAUGGACACUGAAGUGAGGAGGGGAGAAUCUACUGGAUUCCUGGCAUGAUGGAUCUCCUGUUUCCAGACCUUGGUUGCAAUCCAUGCAAUGGGUGAGCUGCUCCCUGGGGGUGGGGGUGGCGUCACCCCUCUAGACCCCAAGGGAGCAGUUGCUGUUGUGGGGAGGGGGGAAUGUUGCCAUGCUUCAUCCUCACUCGUCUCUCUGCUUCCUCACACCCAUCCAGAAAAUUGCUGCUGGACUCAGGAUCCUGCUGUUAGUCCUUUGCAUUGGGGCUCUGCUGAUCGCCGUCUUCUGCCUGGGCAACGGCCUCCGCCGGCUCUGUUGCUCCUUCCUGGUACUUGCACUGGGGGGGGGGGCAGUGGGUGGGAGAGAGGAGUGCUGGGCCCAAACAGACAGGACCUGAUCCGUGACGCUCUUGGUGCUCGAUUGUGGGGAGAGGUCCAAAGUACUGUAGAAGUAUUGGUAGACUCUCCUUCCUGGGAGGUUAAUAAUAAUAAUAAUAAUAAUAAAUUUAUUUGUACCCCGCCCAUCUAGCUGGGUCUCCCCAGCCACCCUGGGUGGCGUCCAACAAAUUAUUAAAAUACAGUGGUCUGUUAGACAUUAAAAGUUUUCCUAAACAGGGCUGCCUUCAGAUGUCUUCUAAAAGUCUGGUAGUUGUUCUUCUCUUUGACAUCUGGUGGGAGGGUGUUCCACAAGGCGGGAGCCACCACUGAGAAGGCCGUCUGCCUGGUUCCCUGUAACUUGGCUUCUCGCAGGGAGGGAACCGUGAGAAGGCCCUCGGAGCUGGACCUCAGUGUCUGGGCAGAACGAUGGGGUGGAGAUGCUCCUUCAGCAGAGGGUGGGGGCCCCCUGCCAGGGAUCCUUCAGCUGUGAUCCCUGCAUUGCAGGGGGGGGGAUGACUGGAUGGCCCACAGGGCCCCUUCCAACUCAGCCCUGCCCCCCAAAUUGUUUAGGGCCCUCAAAACCUGUGCCUGGCUGUGGGCAGGUGGGGGCGCUCCCUGCCCUCCAUCCCAGCCCCCAGCCGCUGUGCUCUGCUUGGCACCAGCUGCAGCUUCUGGGCAGCUUUGGGGUAUCAGGAACUGCAGGAGCCCGACUGGGAUGUGUCCAGCGCAUGGCCUGGCCCUUCUGCCAUGGCUGACCUACAGCUGACCAGGGUCUUAAAAGGUCCCCGCUCAUCUCACUUUCUCUGCAUGUAGAUACUUGUGAGAAGGCACCUUGGCAAACGCUUUCAACUUGUUUAGCAGAGCUGCUGGGAAGCAGCGAAACGGCAACCUGAGUUAGUUUAGAGAUGAAAACACUCAGUGUCAGUCUUUUCCUCAAACUGCCCUUUCUCCCACCUUCCAGGGUCGCUGUGAGAACUACAGCCCCCUUGAGGACCCUGAAGUGCCCCCUCCGUAUGAGGAGCCGGCCAAGGAGGAGAACGCCGCCUGA